AUGUUGACAAAGAUUAAAAGACAUCUUGAAUGUGCUGUAUCAUUUACAGUUGGAGCUUUUUUUGGAGUCUUUUUUGUUGGAAUUCCGCUAUUAAAAGAUUGGAUUAUUAAGAAAGAAAAUGUUUGGCGUCUUGAAGAUAGAAGCGAUGCUAUAUCGAAACUUAACACUCAAUCCUCAAUUUAUGGUAAUCAUAAAACAUUAACAAUUAAUGGAAAAUCGUUUCACUAUGUCGAGUCUGGUAACGUCAAUGGGCCGCUCAUUCUAUUUCUUCAUGGCUUUCCUGAGUUUUGGUAUUGUUGGCGAUAUCAACUCGAUGGUUUAAAAGAUAUGAAUUAUCACUUGGUAGCCAUGGAUAUGCGUGGUUUUGGAGGAAGCUAUAAACCAAAAGAAUUGGAAGCAUAUCAUCCCGAUCACUUAAUAUCAGACAUUCGUAGUUUCAUACAAGAAUUGUCACCUAAUGGACGCGCAGCUUGUGUCGUCGGCCAUGAUUGGGGUGCAGUACUUGCUUGGGCUGCCGCAGCGCAAAGCUGGGAAUUCGACCAUGCAGACCAAUCAGGUUAUAUGGAACGAUUGAUCAUAUUAAAUGGACCACAUACACUUGUUUUUCUUAACAACAUUAGUCAAAAAUUCUCGGAUGCUUUCCAUGCUCUAAAUUUUAAAUAUUUGAUCAAAAAUCCACGUGAAGCUAUUCGUCAAUCAUGGGCGCAUCUAUCACCAUGUUUUAACCAAAUUUUAAAAAGUUAUUAUGUGUUUGUAUUCAGGCUUCCUUUGUCAAUUGGUGAGAAAUGGAUUAUGACAAGAGAUCUUGGAAUAUUUGAUUUCUGUUUUGGAAAGAUCUGUACACCAGAUGAUAUAGAAGUUUAUAAAGCAACAUAUUCUUCUGAUAAUUAUGCCAGUAUCAGAUGCAGUUUAAAUUAUUAUCGAUGCGAAUCGAUUUUGAGCUUGUAUGAUGGACAAAGAGCAAGAGGAAUAAAGCAAGUUGGAUUUAUAGGAAUUCCCACUUUAGUAAUUUGGGGUGAGGAUGAUUUUGCGUUAAGAAAGAAUUUUUGUUUGGAUAACCUUGAAAAGUACGUCACUAAUCUAACCAUAGUGGACGUUCCUGAAGCUGGUCAUUUUAUUCAUCAGGAAGUUCCUGAAAAAGUCAAUGAUUUAAUAAGGAAGUUCAUAACUAGUAAAGGAAAUCUUCGUGAUAUUGAUGGAAAUUAUAAUUAG